UGCGUCAGAGUGCCCCCCACACACACACACACGCACACACUACACGCACACACACAAUCUUUCCACACGAUUGCAGAUUAUCAGAAAGUUCAAAGAUGCUUUCUCAGUUUGAGUAAAACAGCUCGUAUCAAGUACCUGCAAAGCUUUACUUCAAAUUAAUAUUUAUGUGUUUAUGGCCAUUGAGAUGUGCGGUGUGCCAGCGCCAUCUAGCGCACCGCUAGUGUAUUACCAGAUAUACGAAACUGAAAAAAGACUUCUAGUGGAAACGAUAGUCAUUGAAUUUACACUGAAGACACUGAGAAAGACUUCCAGUGGAAACGUUUGCCAUUGAAUUUACACUGAAGACACUGAGAAAGACUUCCAGUGGAAACGUUAGCCAUUGAAUUCACACUGAAGACGCUGAGAAAGACUUCCAGUGGAAACGUUAGCCAUUGAAUUCACACUGAAGACACUGAGAAAGACUUCCAGUGGAAACGUCAGUCAUUGAACGGUCUUAUUUUACAGCAUUUCUAGAUUGUAAAGACGAGUUAGUGUUAGAUUAGCCGAGUGGAUGAUUGGCAACAUGUCCUAUAAUGAUAAGCUGGGUGGACACGUGUUUGCAAUUCUCUACAGUCUCCUUCUCUCAUCCAAAGUCCAUUCGGGGGCCGUGCAUUGGAGUGUACAAAACAGCGGGUUCCACUGGCCCGCUUUCUGAUCGUUUGUAUCCCGCAGCAGAGCACCCAGGGCCGGGGGUCCUCGUUCAAAAUAAUAAACGAUAGUUUCCAAAAGCGUCUGAAACCAGGAAGCAGAACAGGCGGCCGCCUAAGCAGCAAAUUGAAGACCCCGAAGGCAGCGAUGUCCGACACGACCGCGACUCGGGCAGACUCGGAGAUCGAAUUCUGCCUGGCGAGGGAAGAGGAUUACGAUGACGUCAUGGCCAUCUCCCACGGGAUCUACAGCGGCAUGGACUACUUGCCCGCGCGGUACCACCUGUGGAUGAAAGAGCCGCACCGAUUGGUGUUCCUGGGAAAGAGGCGGGGCAGAGUGAUCGCGCUGGAAUCCACGAUCCUCGUAGACGGAGGCGAGACCGUGAUCGUGGAGGGUCUGCGUGUGGCGCCGGAGGAGCGCGGCCGGGGCGUGGCCGGACUGAUCCAGAGCCACGUGGCCCAGUUCAUCAAGACCCACUACCCCCGGGUCCGAACCAAGAGGCUGACCCGCGGAGACAACCCGGGACCGCAAGCGCUCGCCAAGUUCAGGGUGCUGGCGACACGGGCGAUACUGACCCAGCACUGCGAGGCCGCCUCUGUGGGCCGAUUCAUCGACGAGCUGGGAGUCAGAGUGAGGCUGGAGGGGGCGGGGCAGCACCCCCCGGCCCCUCCCCCCGUGACGCUUCAGAGGGAGGAGUUGAGGUCGCUGCUGCUCUCGAACCCCGGAGCCGUCGAUAAGCUCCUCCCCGCCGGGACCAUCAUCCAGGACUGGCAACCCCUGCGCCCGACCCCGGCCAACCUGGACACGCUGGAGACGAGGCCUCUCUCCUGGGCAGCGGACCGGCGGGACGGCCCCGCGGCGCUCGUCCUGUGCACCGCCCCCUACCCCAUCCCGCAAGGGGGCGGCUCUCUGAGGCUCAACCUGGAUGUUUUCGGGAGGGACCUGCCGGCCGCGAGGCGGGUGCUGGUGUUUCAGAUGGAGCGGGUCCGAGGGGCGCUGGGGGGCGGCGCGGCGGUGAUCCUCAACGUGUACUCGGACCCGGCUCUGUGGGAGGGGCUGCGGGAGCUGUGCGAGGGGGCCGGGGGCGUGGCCGGGGGGGUGCGGAGGUACAGGGAGUACUGGGAGCAGCUGCUGCUGGAGACUGAUUUCUGAAAAGGGUGUGUGUGUGUGUGUGUGUGUGUCACUCUCUCUCACUGUGUGUGUGUGUGUGUGUCCGUCCAUCUCUUUGUGUGUGUGUGUCUCCGUCUUUGUGUGUGUCUCUCUCUCACUGUGUGUGCCCCUCUGUUUGUGUGUGUGUGCGUGUCUCCGUCUCUCUCUGUGUGUCUCGUGUGUGUGUGUGUGUGUCACUCUCUCUCAGUAUAUGUGUUUGUGUGUGUGUCACUCUCUCUCGCUGUGUGUGUGUGUCUCUCUCUCUCACUGUGUGUGCCCCUCUGUUUGUGUGUGUGUGUGCGUGUGCGUGUCUCUGUCUCUCUCUGUGUGUCUCGUGUGUGUGUGUGUGUCACUCUCUCUCAGUAUAUGUGUUUGUGUGUGUGUCACUCUCUCUCGCUGUGUGUGUGUGUCACUCUCUCUCUCACUGUGUGUGUGUCUCCGUCUCUCUCUCUCAGUGUGUCUCGUGUGAAAUGAACAGAACGCAUUUCCACUAGAAGCCUUCUUCAACGCCUUCAAUUACACACAAAGGGGCCGGUGGCCACAACACUAAUUGAUAGAUUUAUAAAGUGAUUGCUUGCUCUAUAGUAAAAGUAUUGCAAAAUAUCAUUUGCAUUUUCUUUCCCAUUCCUGUUAAUGUUCAAUGUGUUUGCUCUCAUUCAGAGUGAUGCGGGGUUCCGUUUCUUUAUCGAGUUCUAAAUUCGCAUUCUGGAACCCCCAUUGUUUUAAUACGAAUCUCUGGGUUUUAGAUCGAACCUCCACACAGAGCCCUCACAGAAUAUAACACGCUCUGACCACGCGGUGGCAGCAGAGAGCUGCAAUAAAAUGUGCUUCAUAACGUGAUUUAUUUUUCUGUUUUUCUGUUUUUUUUUGCUCUUCAAACUUAUCAAAUUAACGAUUAAAAUCAUUAUAAAAUAAAUAUGACUGUAUAUUC